GUGUAAUUUCUUAUAUUAUUAAAUCCACGUUAAAGUGUAAAAUAGAAUUUUCGGUAAACAGGUUUUUAAUUUUUCUUAGGUUGGAGGGCGCUUGGAAUCCAUUUUUGAUUUUGAUGUUCAAUUGUUAUUAAUUAUUGUGUCGACAAUCAGGUCCUUGAAAAAGUCGAAAAAUGACCACUACACGCGUUAAAGGAAACGUAAUUUCAUUGACUCUUACAAACAGCAACGUGGCUCAAGCCGUGAGGUCUUACACCAUGUCCAAGAGAUACAUAAAUAUCAUGCUGAAGGCGUCGGUAAUAAACAUUUUGUACCACCGUCUCAACAUUGACGAAAAGGAGUUUAUUACAAAGAGUUUCAACAACGUUAAUUUCAAGUCGUUUAAAUCCAAAUCGAAGAAUCGGUUUAUUCGUGAGUUUCACGCUUACAUGAUUGCUUGUAAGGACGCUUUGGACAAGAAUUACUUGAAGGAGUUUUAUUUGUACUUUAUCGACGUGUCUUCGGGCGAUAUCGUGGAAAAUUAUAAAUUUUCCUUUAAAUAUGCUGAAAAAGAUGAACGGAAACAAGUCCAAAGCGCUGAUUUAACUGAUUGUACUUGUGAAUUACUGAAGACUUUGGAAGAGUUGGGACAACAUGAGAAAUUGAACAGGGAAAUACAGUUCAAAGUUGAAUUUUUGUACUACGAGGAUACUCCUGAAGACUACGAACCCCCAGGUUUUCGCAAUAUUGACGAGAGUGAGGCUCUAAUGAGUAAAAUUAAUAAAAAGGGGAAUUCGGUCGUGAUUGGAUCGUUAUUUACCGGGUUUCACCAACUUAAAUGUAGGGGAAGAGGGGAAGUGUUUAAUUUUAAUUUGACUCCGAAGAGUUUGGGGGAAAACGAUUUUGAAUUACAUCUAGUUGAUGAGAAAAACACUGAAUCAAGUAUGACUGUUGCUGUUGGUGAAAUGACUGAGGACUUGUCGGAGCCCCUUGAAAAUUCAAAGUUCGAUAAACCAAAUCCWGUAGAUAAUAGAAUAAAUGAUACUUACAUAUCGCACAUAUCUGAGUGCAUUGAUAUUUCGAGUGAUGAGGAAACUCUAGUGAAUUGUCCGUGUAAUAUACAAGUUUUAGAUAAUUGUGUUCUUGAUAAUAUAAAAUGUACGAUUUGCAAAGUGAUUUAUCAUGCACCCUGUCAAGGCUAUCUGGAUAAGAGUUUUGUUGGGGGCCUUUUUCAGUGUGUUAAUUGUCGUGAGGAAAUCAACAGCGUUGCAGACCCAUCAAAUAUUCAACAAACAAGUAGGCUAUACAAAGUCAGGUUUCUUGUAGCCGCGAUGUACAAAUAUGGUAGAGUUCCAGAAAGCCUCCAAAAGCCUGUUUUUGAUCAAAUUAAGCAAAAUAUUGAAAAGUUCAAUCUUUUUACAAAUGAAGGAAAUGAGUUUGUUAUUAAUAAUUUGAAUGCUUUGAAGAGUUUGUUCAAGUUUCACCACAAGCAACCAGAGUUACGUAAACAGAUUCAAUUUUCCUGUUAAAUUGUUCUAAUUUUUGAUAUUGGCAAAACAUGACGUGUUGUUAAAAUUUUGAAACCGCCAAAUUAUUUGCACAAAAAAAGAACCCAAAGUAUAACAAAACUUGGUUCUAUGUAUAAUUGGUUGCAUAAACUUGCAACAGUUUUGAAUAUAAUUUCCGUACAGUGUUGUCAGGUUUCGUGAAAUUUUACCACGUCUGYGGAUUUUCAUUUGGUGAAAAUUGUCAUAUGUGGUUUUUCGAAAUGGAAGAAACUGUUUUCAAUUAUUGAUUUAUCAAUUAGGCAAAAAAUAAAACUUGUACUUAUCUAUUUCGAGCAUUUUCCAUGUUUUUCGACCAGYAACUUGAUUGUUUUGUUAAAUUUUCUCAAAUGAAAAAUUAAAAAAAAACACCAAAUUGGUUAAAAACAGUUCUAUUUAUUUUUUACGAGAUUUUACUAAACCGGAAAAUGUGUUUUUCGAAUGUUUUUUCAGCUAAAAAUUAGGUGUUAUUUUGCAGAAUUGGCUUAAAACGUUGUAAUUUUUGCUUUUUUUCGAAUGUUUAAGCACGUUUUUAAGAUAAAAAGAAGA